AUGUGCCUUAUUUUUACGCCUACAGAGUCAUCUGGCGAGCAGUUCAACGAACAACAGUCGAUAUGGCUUGGGAGUUAUCCUGGUCAAACUGGUUCAGGCGCGCUGCGCGGUGUGCUGACAGGUGUCUUCUACAAUGGUCUUCUGCUGGGUGACCUAGCUGCUGGUCUCUCACACCGCGCGGAUGUCCACGUCUCGCGUCAUCCCGAUAUCCAAUAUCUGGCCAACUUCAAGGUCAAACUGGCCACGGAUUCACCCCUUAAAAUGUAG